GGUCGCACCUGCCGUAUGACUUUCGGUCCCGAAGGACGCGCUCUUCAAAUUUUUUUUUCCAGAAAUAGAAUCUUUAUGCAAUCUGGGUAAUGGAAGUCUGAAGCCCUCCUAUAGGCUUUCAACUUACUAUCGGCGGGAUUCCCGCUUCUGCGCCUGACACAAGCGAGGGCCGGUUCGACAAGGCACAAACGACGAAUGCCUCCGGUAGUACGAAGCCUACCAGGAGCUGCGCGGCCGAUCUCGCACCAUGGUACUCACAUGUCAUCUAAGUCUUAUAAAGGACUGGCAGAGCUUCCUACUUUUGUCUCUUCCAUCUUCUGGAUCGCAAGUUACGAAUAGUUAUCGUUUCAAUCGAUUCUCUACUGUUUUGCUUCCACCUACCGCUUUUUGAAGUACUAAGAUUUACUCUUCUCUUUUUCUGUCUGUCUUUUGAACAAAAUGAGAGUGAAUCUUGAUCAAAUCGAGUUCUACCAUGGUCCAAGCCAGCCUUCCUGCAAUAAUCGGAGGAAUUCACCACAAGUCCAUAUUCCACAAACCUCCCAGCAUUUCUCUCCCACUGAGGUAGCUCCAGGACUACCCCAGGCUACUUUAAAACAGGACCUACCACCUAGCGGGACUGCUUAUCUAUGGAAUACAUUUGACUUUGAGAUUGAUCGGCUCUGUGGCGUCACUGAGCAUCAAACGACAAAAGAUGCCGAAAAAUCUAUCGCACCAAUCGUUCCAGCCGCGCUUGACAUUCAGUCGGAUAAUAGAGGCUCUCGCUUAGCUUCAUCCGAGCCAGUCCUAUUCGAAGACACCUCAGCGACACCAGUACCGUGCUGCGCAGACCAAUUGGAUCAUGUUUUUCCCGGUGUACAUGAGAAUGAGUUGCCAUAUUUCGUGCCUUAUGGCGAAGCUGCGGAAAAAGCUGAGAUCUCACCGGUUCCUUGUGUCACCGCGACUGCAUUCAGACAAGAGGGCAAUGCUACUAGCAGCCAAUCCGAAACUUGUGAAUCCCAUCAGAUAUCCGUGCAGGGAAGCUCGCUGAUCACACGGGCUCUUUCAGAGUGUACCGGUGCUAUAGCUGGUGGAAAGAUUACAAACCCGUGCCGAUCACCUGAGCUAAUAGCCCAGAUGAAUUUUUCUCUCGCACUGAGGGCUCGACUCCGAAGAUGAAGACCCGGAAGCCUGCCUUUAAGCGUGUCUCUCGCCCUCCGGAAAUUUCAAUUCCCGCUUCAUGCAAUUGUACCC